GCCGGUCAAAGGUCACAUUUAAAUAAAACAGAGAAGCAAGAUAGAGAUAAAAUAAUAUUUUUUUGUUAAUAUGGCAAUGACAUUCAAAACCAAAGAUAGACACGGAUACUCAGUAAGAUUUUCCCCGUACAUACCCACCAGAUUUGCCUGCAGCACUUCUCAAUAUUAUGGAAUAGCUGGACGAGGUACAUUGUUUAUAUUGGAUGUUACACCAGAUGGAAUACAACCUGUUCGUAUAUAUGAAUGGAAUGAUGGAUUAUUUGAUGUAACAUGGGCUGAGAAUAAUGAAAAUGUUGCCAUAGCAGCCGCUGGAGAUGGAUCUGUUCUCUUGUUUGAUGCUACAAAUCCGAAGGGACCACUUAGAUCUUUUAAAGAACAUACAAAGGAGGUGAAUUCUGUUGACUGGAGUCAGACAAGGGACGAGAACUUGAUAGUCAGUGGAUCUUGGGAUAAACUUAUUAAACUUUGGAGUAUAGAGAGUCCACAGUCCCUGUGUACAUAUACUGGACAUGAAGGAAUUGUUUACACUGUCGUCUGGUCACCUAGGAUAUCUGGAUGUUUUGCUUCUGGUUCAGGAGAUGGCACAUUAAGAAUCUGGGACAGACGGACAGCUUACCCACAGACUGUGAUACCAGCACAUCCUACAGAGGUUUUGACCUGUGACUGGAACAAAUAUGACCAGAAUGUGAUAUAUACAGGUUCAGUUGAUUGCUCAAUAAAAGGUUGGGAUAUAAGAAAUCCUAGACAGUGCCUAUGUACAAUGUCAGGACACAGGUUUGCUGUUAGAAGAAUUAGAACUUCCCCAUUUAAUGCCAACACACUGGCUUCGUGCUCAUAUGAUUUUACUGUCAGAACAUGGGACGUGAGACAACCGCAUGCAAUGGAAAUAAUAGAACAUCAUUCCGAAUUCGCAUAUGGAUUAGACUUUAAUUUACAUAUACCUGGUCAAAUAGUCGACUGUGGCUGGGAUGAACUUAUACACGUUCAUAAACCUCGCUCAUUGUGAUAUUUGUGAUUUGGUGAUUUUUGUGCAAUCAAAUUGCGAUAAUUGUGAUAGUUGUGAAUAUAUUAUAAAUUUUAAGCUCAUCGGAAAAAUCUAGCUUUAUGAUCGCUGUGUUGUCGUCAUUGUCAUCGUUCUUUAUCCAAAUUUUCAUACACCUAUUACGAUUACAAUUUCAAUAGUAUGAAUACAAAUCUUUGAAUACUUGCUUUUCAUGAUAAGGCACAUGUGUUAGACAAGGGGCAUAAUUUUGAAAGCUUUAUUUUUGGAGUUAUGCCCCUUUUAACUUGGAAUUCUUGUUAAAAUUGCUUAUUAAGUAGAAUGAUUUCAAAAGUAUCAUGGAUAUUAACAGGACUUCUUUAUAAUUAUGAUAACAGGCAGCUGUUAGAUAAGGGGCAUUAUCCUAAAAGCAGUUUUUCAGGAGUUAUGCCCCUUAAUUUAGAAUAUUUUUUGGAAAAAAAUGGUUUUUGAUAGAAAAUUUUUGAAACUAUUGAAGAAACUUGUAUACAUUCUAGGCAUACUUUAUCACUAGGGACAAGGUACAUUUGUAGGACAUAAAUGACAUAACUAAGUAAUCAUUGUUUCUAGUUUUAAGUUCUUUUCCUGAACAGACGAGCGUUAUCAUCUCAAAGGGUGUUUAUCUCAGCGUUGUGUAAUAUAUGUGAUAAGUGAAUUACGUUUUAAUCCUUGCAUUUUAUAUGCAAUUGUAUAUUUGUGAAACAUAUAUUGGUAUAUA